CAGAACUCGUUUACUUUCUACCUCAUGCGCGAAACUACCAGUACCGACAACUCGGAUUAUCGACUCCAAUGCAAGCUUUCCGGUCACACCGGUGCUAUUCUCACUCUGCAGGCUUGCAAAGACGGGAGAUUUUUAGCGAGCGGUGGCGGGAUGGGUGUCAAAGUCUGGGACAUGCAGCAGCUUUCGGAGCUCGUUGUAACCGUUGGGACUUCUGAUGCACGCGGUGUAACCACCAAGCUGCAAUGGAUCAAGCGAGAGGAUGACACGAGCGAGGCACUCGCGUAUGGCACACAAAACGGAUACAUCGUCUGCUGCCUGCUAGAAGACAUUGGGAAGGCAUCUGUUCGUGUCCAUGAGGUCUGGAGUCGACAAAUGAAUGAUUCAGCUGAAGUGACCGGGCUUGCCUUCGAUCCACCCACAAAUCGUCUGGCAGCUUGUCAUCGUGGUGGCGUCGUGCAGAUGUUCACAUUGGGGGCAAGAAUGGCGGAGAUAGAGAAGUUGUCUUUGACGAUUCCUCGAUGCGUCCCUAGUGCUGUAGCAUUUGGAGCAAUGCAUAGCAAUGAACGCGAGCUGCUGGUUUGCGGACUGUACUGUGGUAUCAUAUACAACAUCCGAGGCACCACUCUGUGCUCCGAGCAUGACGCCUUGAGGAUGGGCUGCCGCAUCUCCGACAUGACCGUUGACUUAACCCACGGCAUUCUCUGCUUGAGCGAUCCAUCCACGGGAGUCCUUCUGUAUCGUCUCAACGGAGGAGGUGAACUUGUGAAGAGCUUCGACGUCCCUGUCACAAAGUCCCGCUGCAUACGACAAGUGGCUCUACUAGACUCGAAUCGAGCCGUCGUCAGCGGCAGCGAUCACGGCGAAGUGUAUGUUUACACACGCCGGGACAGCGUGCUGACAAAGCUCACUGUCGAUCCCAACGAGUGGGUCCAGACCAUUACGGCAUCGGAGAUUCUGGGCGUCCCGACGGUCUUCGCGGCCAAGUCGAGCGAAGUGAGCGGCCGGAACAAUAUCUACGUGUAUCGCAAAACACCCGUCACCGCCAACUUCAUGGUCCAGAUUGGUGGGAUUCUCAAAUGGAUGGGGUGGUUCAUUGUGAUUCUUGCUGCGAUUGCGUUCGGGGUGGAGAAGGUGUUCGGAAAUGUGAAGUUGUAUGUCAGAAUCCACGUGAUGGUGUCUUGGCGAUUUCAAGUCCAUCUCUGCUCUACGACGACAAUGAAGCAACAGGGGAAACAGGAACCCAGGCGUUUGCCGCCAGGCUCCUCAAAAGAACUGACGCGUUUGCCACGCAGUUCAUCGGCCCCUGCAUCUACCAUAUUGCCCGUCGACGCGUCUCAUUGCCUGGUCCCCAUCGCUCAUUUGGACGAUGUCGAGAAGGAGACACUCCCUUUUACGAGCUAUUUCCAUGGUAUCGUUUGCAGCGAAACCGGGGUCUUCAUGGUCUUCCAUGCGGACUCUGCCGCCCUCUCUCACAUCCCUCGCCCUCACCCCGACUAUUAUGCAUCUCCAGAGCUAUAUGCGACAUCCUGGGUCAGCCCGUCGCGCGCUUAUCUGUGCUGUGGACCACGUCGUCCGAUCUCUGACGGGGAUCUUCUCUCGGUUCUCAACCUCAAUGUGCACUCUCUACUGAUGAGAAAGACCACAUCGUCGCAUGGUACACAGUGGAGUUUGCCUCCCCGUGUCGUUGAGAAGUGGUCCAGCCUGGAUGGGUUCUUGAGCAACGUCAUUGCUGACCUGCGCUAUCAGGUGCAGCAAUUUGUCCCAGCUAUAUCAUGCGGGACAAUGCACGCACAGCCUGUUGCGUAUGGUUAUGCGAAGGCGUUCUCUGCUAAAGAGGACUUGAUGAAAGCGGUCGAUCAAUCGAAAGAUGCAUUCACGUCUCUCCUCGCAGCCAUCGCUGUCCAUUUCCUUGCUUUGGAUGGAUCCUCGCAGCGCGCUUCGUGGAGAAGCACGAUGCUGCAGCAUCUCAAACUCAAGCACAGGAUGCUGGACUCGUUGGAGGAGGUGGUUCAACGCAUGCUCCGACAUCCAGCUGGGAUGAUCUUGGACCUAACUUCUCAAAAGGUGCAAGAUAUCGACUGGCUUUUCAGUCUCCUCGUCACCGCAAACACGCCUAUCCAUGCUCCGCUCUAUUUCUUCCUGGGUCAAGGCGAAGAAGCUAUAAACGUCGCAUUACAACUCGAGUCGCUCCCCUCUAUGCGGAACGUCCAAUUAAAGAUCCGGGAGUCCAUUCGCCCCUUGAACAAGUCCCCACCCAAGCAGUUAUCCGUCAGGGAAUAUGUCUUCGCUCCAAAGAACAUGAGGCGGCACGGGGUUUUCCCGAACUCGGAAUACUACGACAACCUGGAGACGGAACGGCGGCAGUUUCCGCCUGUGGAGCCUCACAGUGGCCAGAAGGAGGGUGAAAAUUUCGUGGACUUCUUUGCUCGACGUAAUGCGCGCAAUGUGCGUAGGCUUGCGGAGGAGGGCCCCGAUGCACGCCAAGUUCGCCUCCAACGGGAACGCGCUGCAGAAGCCCACGCUUGUCCGGGUCGGAAAGGCGCGAGAGUCUUCAUGUGGGAGGAGAUCGAGGGAUUCUGGAUUCGUCGCAUGGUCCAACGUAAUUGCGUCGAAGACGAGUGGGAUGACUUUGCUCGCUCUCAGCGGGUGUAUGAUUCCUUCGUCAACGAAUGGGAUCUUUGCUCACCGCUGGAUCCCACGGCCUAUGUCGAGCCGCCCGACGACGACGACGACGACGACGACGACGACGACGACGACGGCUACGGCUACGGCUACGGCGGCGGUAUCUACCUGGCACAAGAACCCCUUGACGCCGGUGACUUUGAUGCUGAGCUGCCCAAUGGACUGUCUCCUCAAUUGGAAUCCAAUCUGGCCAAUGCAGCCGCUAUUUUGCCUCAUCUCGACACCUACCACCACGAAAACGUCGACACAGAACAGCUUUCGAAGCCGAGCACCGUCGAUGUCGCAGACCGAAACCCUGCGCGAGCGAUCCUCGAGUACCGUGUCGGCUUCACCGGAGAUCUUGAGCGCGUCUUUUCCGAUUCACAGAUGCUGCCAGCCAAAGUGUGCUCGCGCUUUCUCGGAGACGUCAGUUCUUCCACGCGGAAGCCGCUCAGCCAUGCCGCCCGAGCACUGCUCAAGGCGCUCAAAACAGCGAAACACGUCAGUGACCUUCCACACGAUCUUUUUGACUUGGCGGACGACGAAAUGCAGAGGGAGGUAUGGAACAAGAAGGGUAUUCAGAUCGACAUCUGGACGCGCGCAGGCGGACCAGCGCAUUAUAGACUCGUGUAUGUGCUGCACCCACUUGACGAAGGAUUGUCUGGUUGGCAGCUGCUCGUUUCCAACCCCACCACCGCCAUGCACAUCGCUCGUCUUCGCUGUUUGACAUGGUCCAGUCUCAUAUCUCGUAUCUUGGAUCUUGGGUGCCAUUUCCACAUCUCUGUCGAAGCUUCCACCUUCGUUUCAUCAUCGUAUCGACCGGAUCGCUUUCCCUGUCGCAGCCUCGGAAUCCGCCCAGAGGGUUACAAGCCGGAUCAGCAGGACUAUCUCAUUUACUGGGGCAUGAUGCAAUCGUUCAUGCUUUUGCCCCGUGGUCCCCUUGCCCUUCAAGCGGGGGGAGUUAUUGCUCGCCUUGCACGUCUGAUCAUUGAAGACGCCGAGCUUGAACUGAAGUCUCAUGAUGUUGACAUCGAGACCGCCGAGGAGCGUAUAGUGAAUCGUGAUAUGUCGCUAUAUCAUCAUGCUCUUACGAGGGAGGAAGAAGAUCUUAUUCUGGGUGUGUACAGCAUUGAAAUGAACCAACUGGAUCUAACUGCUAGGGGUGGGCAUCAGGAGAAGCGUGUAUCGUGGUGGCCUCAGGCCGGAGCGUGGCAUGCAUCUGGACUGAGUGUUGGCUGGUGGACACCGGAUUGCGAGAGAUGGUUCCAGGGGAUUAUAGAGGAGAUGGGCAAAAACACGGCCGUUGUUCUCAACAACACUCAUUGGAAACAGAGAAUUCGUGGUCACAGUCUUGUGGGGAACCUCGCCAAGAGCCUCAACAGUGUUCAUGCCGAUUUUAUUACCAAUGUACCAUCUGAGUUCAUAUAGCACUAUAUCAUGUACCUGUAUCUACAAUUUCCAAGUCU